AUGAAGGGCAUGAAAGGCCUCUUCGCUGCCGCCGCGGCCUCGGCGCUCUUCCUGACCUUUGCGCGUGCUCAGCUCGACAAGCCUGCCCUCACCUCCAACCUGGACUACCUCCUAGAAGGCAACGCCAACAACCUGCCCACCGUGAACCGCCAAAUCGCCAUCUGGGCAAGCGGGUACAUCCCCAAGGACUGCCAGGACCUCGGUGCAGGUGAGGGAUACGAUGCGAGCGAGUUCGAGGUGUAUGAGGUUACAUAUGACGACUGCGCCGACCCCUGGCUCUUCUGCCGCCACAAGGACGUCGAAACCACCAUCGAAACGGCCGCUGAGACAUUCUCCAAGUUGCCCGUGAAGGUCCGGGACUGGGUCCGCCAGAUCCUCCUCCUCCCCGGCGCGGACUCGGCCUUCGCCAUCAACGGCAACGUCGCCUUCUUCGGUUCGACAGGCGGGAACGUCGACGUGAUGAUCCACGAGUCCGCGCACGGCCUCGACGGCUUCGCUGCGUUCGGCGAGAACCUGAGCACAAGCGAAGGCUUCCUCGCCGCCUACGACGCCGACACCCACGUCCCCGACGACUACGCGCGCAGCAGCCAAGCCGAAAACGUCGCGCAGAACACGGUCGUCGCGGUGUACGACAAGAAUGUCCCUGGUGGAUUCCCGGGUGUGCAGGAGCAGUACACUGCGAUUCUGAACCAGUAUAGCUAUAUCGAGGACAAGGCGGGCGAUGCGCUGUUGCCCGGGGGAACGUGUGAUCGGCAUCUCGAGAACUCGGAGACGGUGGUUUUGGGGUCUGCGGCUAAUGCGACGGUGUCGAGGGUGCGCAGGGCUGCUGGCGCUUGGAAGGUGCCCCAGUCGGGGCUCAAGGGGGAGUAUAGCAAGAUUGUCAAGGAGUUUCAGCCGUUUCAGUUUAGGGAGGGGUUUUGA